AUGAAUCGGUCUUCAAAGUUUGGAACACCAUGGUCUACUGUCAAAGCUGUGGCUCGUCCUCGUAGACUUUUUCAAAAUUCUGGUGCUAGUCGUCGUGGAAGUGUAGUUAGCAUUUUUUCUCAUCUUAUUUCAAAAACAAAUAACGUGACAAAUAGAUCCAGUAGAAUAGAAUUCCCUUUUACUUUAACUGAUCAAGAAAACCUUCGAAUAGCCGUCCAAGAAUUAGCUAAACAACCUACUCAAAUUCCACAUAUUGAUCAAGUAUCUGAUGUUCCUCCAGAUAACCUUUCUCAACAUGGAAAUAAUUCUUCGAUUAGAAAAAAAGGAAAUAAAAAAUUUUUACCCAGUUUUAGUAAUAUAACUAAUAGUGUUAAUAAUAAAAGUUCCUCAAAUACUCAAAAGAAACAAAAAACUUGUACUCCUCUCCGUCAAGAAUUUCCUAAAUCUCGCCCUACCUUACCUUCUUUGGAUGAUCGAAGAAAAUCGUUUUUAUUACCUCGACACUUAUUUUUCCGUAAAUCUACUGCUGAAAAACUUGAAA